AUGGGCGCCCCACAGGACACGUUCCUGGAGUGCGAGCGCAUCUCGGGCGUCAAGCUACAUGUCGACCAAACAGUGUUUGUGCCGCUUCUCGGGUAUGAUCUUGGUGUGCCGCGUCGCCGGUUACAAUUUGGCAUCGGCCUUCACUUCCUCUUGGCCUGCCAGGUCUUCUUGUGCUCCGUUAUCAUGCCUGCUGCGCAGCUUGACUCGUUGCCGUGCCCCUUUAACGCGAUUGAGCUGCAGGCGUGCCGCGCCCUCUUCUGCGGCCCGCAGGACUUGUUCUGCGUGUGCGCACUCAAAGAUGUGAGCAGGUUGGGUGAGCUUCCCGAAGGCCCUCCCCGACGUCCAGUCCGCCGCUCGGGCUGCGACGUCUGGGUCGCCGCUCGGGCUGCCGUGGCCGAAGCGCACGGAGGGCUGCAGAUGCAGGCCCGCGCUCGCCAGUUUUCCCGAGCACGCCACGGUCUUGUGAAUCCGCCAAGGGCUCGGAAUUUCCGGCAGUAUAUGAAGGUCGGUCUAUCGAUCAGAACUUCCUGGUUUCUCUUGGCGACGCCACCGCUGAAUUGA